UUAAACAAACGUAAUGUUUAUUUUGAUUUUGAGGUUAUGUUACUGAAGUCAAACAAAUUUAUUGUUAUUCGUUAAAAAAUGACUGAAUUAACAACGAUUGCGACUUUAAAAUGCAAGCAGCAGGUCGUGCGGGCGGUCCGGUUUAACAUUGACGGCUCUUACUGUUUGACUUGCGGCGCGGACAAGAAGAUUAAACUUUGGAAUCCUCACAGACAACUUUUGCUUAAAACUUACGGUGGUCAUGCGAACGAGGUGCUAGACGCGGCUGGGUCUUGCGAUAGCAGUCAUAUUAUAUCUUGUAGUACUGAUAAAUCAGUGAUAUUGUGGGAUGUAACUACUGCACAGCCUAUUCGGCGCUAUCGAGGGCACGCGAGCUCCGUUACAUGCAUAAAGUUUAAUGAAGAGUCAUCUAUGGCAGUCUCUGGGUCUGUAGACAAUACAGUUGCCUUCUGGGACAUCAACAGUAGGAGACAGGAGCCCGUUCAAGUGUUGAAGGACGCGAAAGACACGAUAACCUCGGUACAAGUCACCGAUCAUGAAAUUUUUACCUGUUCCGUUGACUGUCAUGUUAGAUUGUACGAUAUUCGCGUUGGGAAGAUGACCUCUGACUAUAUAGGGCAUAUAGUCACCUAUGGAGGCCUGACGCAUGAUGGGCAGUGUUAUAUUUUAAGUUGCAAUGACAAUACAUUGAAACUAUUUGACAAAGACUCUGGGGAAAUUCUGAACACUUUUACCGGUCAUGAAAGCAAGGAUUAUAUGUUGGAAAAUGCAGUUAAUGCGAAAGAUAGUCAUAUUAUAUCGGGAUCUGCGUCUGGGGAGAUAUUCAGCUGGGAUUUAAUAUCUUCUAAAAUCACUCAUAAGUAUGUCCAUACUGUGAACAAGCCUGUAGUAUCUCUAAGUUACCACCCCACGGAAGAUUUCUUGUUGACAGCGUGUGAAGAUGAAAUUAAGCUGUGGGGAAUACCAAAGAUGGAAGAAUGAAGAAGAAAUGACUGUGAUUUGGAUAAAAUAGAGCUACCUAUCACGUUGGUCUAACAGAAAGCUCAGUGGGGUGUGGGUACUUAGUUCAUCUUGUGCUGAAUGUACCUCUGACUGACAUAGUUGAGAGCUUAUAUUAUGUUGUGUAAAAUACAGAGAAUUCGACUUUAUGAGUUUGGAUCACAGAUAAUUGAUAUCCCGUGGUUUCAAGGAUUUGUGCCCGGUUAGUGGCAAUAGGCCCAUAUUACAUGGGACUUGAUAACUUGGAACAUGUAUACUAUUCACCUCUGCCUAGCCCUUCAGUUAUGUUAUGUGAGGAGCUCGGUGGCGCAGCGGUAAACGCGCUCGGUCUGUGAUUGUUGAAGUUAAGCAACUUUCGCAAAGGCCGGUCAUAGGAUGGGUGACCACAAAAAAAAAGUUUUCAUCUCGAGGUCCUCCGUGCUUCGGAAGGCACGUUAAGCCGUUUGUGCCGGCUGCAUUAGCAGUCGUUAAUAACCACCAAUCCGCACUGGGCCCGCGUGGUGGUUUAAGGCCCGUUCUUCCUAUCCAUCCAUAGGGAAGGCCCGUGCCCCAGCAGUGGGGACGUUAAUGGGCUGAUGAUGAUUAUGAUGUUAUGUUAUGUUAAAAUAGAGAGAAAAAUGAGAAAGAGUUGCACAUGUGUAUGACUAACAAAAUAAGAAAUAUUAUACUGGUGACCUAUAAUACAGAUAUUUUUGUACCUAGUUUAGGCACCAGUCUCACAAAAUAAUAUUUUUAAUGUUGUUCAUACUCGAUCGUUUAGUAUUAAGAACUUCAUUUCUCUGCAUUUUAAUUAUGUUUUGUGAGAAAAUAAAUUUUAUUUGAUUACAUAAUUUUUUUUAUUUAUGUGGGAAUGAAAGCUUAUUAUGAAUGUGAUGUAUGUGAGGUGAAGUUUAUGAAC